ACACAGUCACACAGUGGAGAGACCGUUUUCAGAGAGAAGAAAAUGGCCGCCUCUUCCACCGUUGCUUUUCUGGUUUUCAUCUCUCUCCUCGCAAUCGCCGCCUCCCAAAUCGAAUCGCCGUCGCCGAUAUAUCCGCCACCGUCCCCUGUAUUUCCACCGCCGCCGCCUCCGCCGCCCCAAGCACUAGUCAACGCGGUGGAAACCCUUUCGAAUUCCGGCUACACCGCUAUGGCUUUAACCCUUAAGCUCAUCCUCGAGCAACCUCAGUUCAUGUCCUUACCCUCUUCCCUCACCAUCUUUGCCCCGCCGGACUCUGCCUUCGCCGACUCCGGUCAGCCUACGCUUUCGCUCCUCCUCCUCCAUUUUUCCCCCCUUUCGCUUUCCUUCCAAUCCCUUGCUUCUCUCCCGUUUUCAUCCACCAUUCCUACUCUUUCGAGAACCCCCAGCCCUCUGUUUGUCACCACCCCACCUUCAGAACCCACUAAAAUCUCGAUUAACAGCGUUAACAUCUCGGGUUCCCCUCUCUACGACGACGGUUCGGUGGUAAUUUUCGCCGUUGAGAAGUUCUUUGAGCCCAAUUUCACGGUCUCCACGCCAGGAGUAACUCCCACCCUCGAUCUUGAAUGUGUGAAGUUCACCAGCUUUUCUAGGUAUUUGGAUGCAUCGGGGAUUCUAAAAUCAAGAGGGCACGCAUUAAUGGCCACUUUUCUUGAUUUACAGUUGAUGGGAUUUGUGGGUUCUGGAACUGAGAUGAAAUUGACGGUGUUUGCCCCUUCGGAUGAAGCGUUAAUCGACGAUUUCGGGAAUGUUCUGGAGUAUCGAUCGAUGUUCUUGAGGCAUCUGUUACCGUGCAAAUUCAAUUGGGUUCAGCUGAAUGGGAUUACAAAUGGGACUGUUUUUGCCAACUAUGUCGAGGGGCUAAGCAUGAAAAUCACAAGAUCUGAUAAUUCUGUGAUGGUCAAUGGGGUUAAGAUCAACGCUCCGGAUAUCUACGAGAAUGAGUAUAUUGCAAUUCAUGGGGUGGAGAAACAGAUCCCAGUGUUCGAUUCAUCGGAAGAGGAAGAAUUCGAGGAGAUAUCCAUGGUGAAGUUUGCUAAAAAGAUAGAGAAGCGCCAGUGCCCUGCCCCUGAUCGUAGUGAAUUCUAAAAGAGUUUGUAACUUUUUCUUGAUGUUGCUACGUGAAAAGCCGGAAACAUAAAGGUAUAUGAGGACAUAAAAUGGAAGAACUUUUUGGGGUUUAUCAUCUUCAUCUUCCU